UAUCCAACACUGCCCCAAAGGCGCCAUACAAUUUCAUUUUUUUUGCCGGUUCCAAGCUAUUUUCCGCAAAAAUUCGCAGCAAACUUCGUUCACACCAAAGCACACGGUCCUGAAGACCAGCUCGCGAUCUGCAAAAAGACUGCGCCGGCGGCUCCGUCGCUUGACCUCCGCCGAGCUGAGCGAGGAGAAGUGUCCAGGUCGCCACCAGCAACAUCAAAUGGGUCGCAAGGGUGCUCCACUGUGGGCCUGGGGCCUGCUCCUCAUCAUCUGCACAGGAUUGGGGCUGUGCCUGCAGCUAAACGACGACCUGCUGGAGAGCUACAGGAUCCAGUACCACUCUAUUGUCCACAACAGGGAGAACUAUUGCGAUCGCUCAACUCAGCUAAGCAAAAUGGUAACGCACGUCCGCCAACACGUGCUGCACCAGGAACAGGCCUUGGAGCAGCUGGGACAGGCGCUGGACAAUAAAACCUACCAGAUCAUUGCGCUGGUGGGUUCCUCUGGCGUGGGCAAGAGCCAAACGGCGCAAGUGAUGCACGAUUAUUUUCCCUGGUCGGAAAAUGUGAAGACGCUCUCGUGGCGCGGCUCUCGAUCUGUCCACCGGGUGCAGAGCAUGCUGGGCCACCUCGCCCUUUGCGGCCAAAAUCUUAUCCUGAUCGACAACAUGAUCCCCGCGGAUGGACAGUAUGUGCCGGUCUUCAAUGAGCUGCUAAGGGGACGCAUGGAGAUAGCCAAUAGCACAAAGCAGCCGCACCUGAUACAGUUGACCAUGGUGCUCAUCUUCAGCAUAAAUCGCCAGCAGGCCGAGGAUGUCUUUGAGGCUGAGUUGGAGACGCUGAAGCAACUGCCACGCACCCAUGUGAUCACCUAUGCGGCUCUGGAACCCAUACAUCUGUUCGACUGCAUCAGCAGGGAAGCCAAAAUUGAGGAGGUGCAACUGACAGAUGAACACGUUGAGGAAAUAAUCAGGGGUAGUGAUGCCCGGUGGUCUGGCUGCAAGUCAAUUCGUGCCAAAGUUCUGCUCUACGGAAAACCAAUAACCGACGAGAAAAUAGACAAAGCAAACCCAACAGACUGAUUCAAGACUCGCAACACGCAAAAGUGUUUCAAUGUAGAAAAUAUUUAAAUUAUAGUUAGGCCAUAUCAAAGACAAUCCCGAAAUCCACACGUGAUAGAGAGAAGUUACAGUAGUUACAGUAGAAGUUUUUCAGGAAAUACUCUGUAUUGUAACUCCACUUAUUUUAACUGUAAACUAAGUAAUUUAGGCAAAUCUCAAUGCUUGUUCCUGUGCAUUACUUAUGUAAAUGUUCAACGAAAGCUUUGCUUUUUUUUUAAAUGGUAAAUUCUUGUGUUUCUGUAAUGUAAAUGAUUAACAAUGACUUUC